GGAGUCAGUCUGACAGCUGCCAGAGAGCGGGGACAGCUUGUCUUCUUGGAAGGCCUCAAGUCCUGCCUUGACCUCCUGUUUGGCGAGGAGGAGGAGCAGUCAGGACAGCCCAGUCCUCUCCAGUUCAUAAGCGGGAGCGCCUCCGACCUCAAAGCCUUGUUUGACUUUGUCCGGACGUCCCUGACUCCCGCCGGCAGCGACUCCUGGAAGGGCCCCGUGCUGCUGGUGGACGACCUCAGCGUCCUGCUCGGCCUGGGCACCACGCCGGUGGCGGUGCUGGACUUCAUCCACUACUGCAGAGUCGCGGUGUGCUCCCAGCUGAAGGGGAACGUCGUGGUGCUGGUUCACAGCAACGAGGAUUCAGAAGAUGAGGAAAAUGAACUGGUUGUGAACUCCCUGUGUCAUCACAGUGACCUGAUCCUGUGGGUAGAGGGGCUGGCGACCGGCUUCUGCAAGGAUGUUCACGGGCAG